ACAUGCACAUGUUCUUAUCCUACAUUCUCAACAGACGAAACAGGAAGAGUUUCCGUGGUCAAUAACUCGAAAUAUUUGCUCCCGAUUCAAACCGUGUGAAGAAUAUGCCGUAUUUAUUCCGUAAUUUUCAGAAGAAAUGUACGAUAACAGUGGGCUUACAGCCAACAUAAUAUUUUCAAGACACGGACUGAUAAAUGUAUCAAUUAUUUGUGGACCUGGCUUUUGAGGCCACUUUUCUUCCUCAUAGCAAGUGAAAAAACAGAUCGAAGAUUUGAUUCUUACCUAUUCUUGCCGAAUCCUGAUACACGAUUUCCUGUUUCCCUCGAUUGAAGAACAAAUACGAAGCCAAGUCUUUCAUUUGCUUGAAUUCACAUUGAAAAGUGCAAUACUGCAAGGAUUUAUGAUUGGUUAAAAACCGUAAACACAGCUAAUCACUUCAUAAGUUUAGUAAACAGAAUGGUGAAACUUUUCACGAUACGACGGUUACGGAAAUACACGAUUUUUGCAACUUUUACAUUUUUCGUGUUAACAAUAUUUACACAUUUAUUUGUCCAUUUUGAGCAAAGUGACACGGAAUAUUUCAAUCUGGAUAAUUAUGCUUUUUUUGAAGAUGCUAAGGAUUUAAAGUAUCCUGUUAAGGUACAGCCUUAUUUAUUUCGACUUAUAAAUGCUUCUAAUCCAAGUGUUCCUUUAACUGUAAGUGCACCAUAUCUUAUUGAGAACCCUAAUCUCUGCCGUUCUGUGAAGCAUCUAACGGUGCUUGUUGUAGUUAAUUCAGCGACAGACCAUUUUGAACAGAGACAGAGUAUAAGAACCACCUGGGCAAACGAUACGUAUUACUCGUAUUUAGCAACAGUCAGAGUUGUUUUUCUUGUCGGAAGACCUGUGAGUCACGUUGUCCAAUCUGCGCUUGAAAUGGAGUUUGAAAAGUAUAAAGAUAUUGUACAAGGAGAUUUUAUAGAUUCCUACAACAAUCUUACACAUAAAGGUGUGAUGGGUUUUAAAUGGAUCACAGAAAGAUGUCGCAAUGCGGAAAUGAUUCUGAAAGUAGAUGACGAUAUCGUAGUUAAUAUGUUCCUAUAUAUCUAUAAAUUAAAACAUUCUAAAGCGCUGCAAAAGGCAAACGUAUAUUGUGAAUACAAAUCUGAUAUUGUAGAAAGAGAUGUUACAUCUAAAUGGUAUGUUGAUGAAAAUCAUUUCAAAGGAGUUAAAAGAUAUCUUGAAUUUUGCAAAGGAAAAUUUGUGAGUAUGACGAAUGAUAUAAUGCCAUCUUUAUAUCUCGCCGCCUCGAGGUCCCCUUUUUUCCAUCUCGAUGACGUUUUGUUGUUUGGAUAUGUCCUGCAUAAGAUUCCAGGAUUGAAAUAUCAAACGUUCAGUGACGGAGAUUGGCAAGGAAAAACUAAUGCAGUAAAACACUGUUUGGAUAUCAAACGAGAAAAAUGUACCUAUAUUGCUAUGCAGGCAAAUUAUAAGGAAGACGUAUCAAUCAUUUGGUCAAAAGUGGUCAGAUACUUUAGAAAACACUUAGAUUAGUUUAAUUAGAAGUUAAUACUUGGUUGCAACUCGCAUUAUGCGAUAAUUGCCCAAAGAUGUACAUUUUAAUAGUAUCAAUCAAUUGUUAGACGAAAAAUAUUUAGUUUCUAAUCGUUUCAUACAAUUAAACAAAAUUUCUACACCAAAACAAAUAGACCACAAGAAUACAGCUAUUCUAUUUAAAGAAAGGAAAUCACGGUUUCCAACGAUUUUUAUCAGGCAAACAAUAAUGUCGGCGCUCAUGACUAUUUAAUAAAAAGUAAAAUGCUAACUGCAUCAAACUUACACUCGAACCAUCUAUCUAUGUGGUGUUUUUUUUUUUUUUUUUUUUUUUUUCUUUUCCUUAUUU